CUCCUUGUAUGCUCCGUGACAUGUUGAUUCCGGACCUGACCGCCCCCACGGGAAUGAAACGGAACUCAUAAGCUGAACUGACAUGGGGACUAUUGCACCCCAAACCACUGUGACGAAGAUGACGGAUACUAUACCUCCAUCGUACCAAACAGCUACCACCCGAGACGCUUGGUCGAUUAUACCUCAAUACAUCCCAUCCAGCGACUUAUGUGCCGCUGCCUUGGUGUGUCGGAGAUGGCACCGGCUAUUCAUGCCGGUUUUGUGGGGGGACCCGGCCUCGCACUUUGGAACCGAGAACGAUGCGGUUUAUGUCGCUUUGACUAGGUUCAGGCGAACACUAAAAUAUGCUCGUCUCGAGGUGCGGAUGCUAACUCAUACGCUGCAUCUACCUCCUGCCCUCUCCGAGAUCUAUGGGGGCCCAAGGCCCGAAUGGCUGAGGGAGAUUCUGGAAUCUCUACCUGGCCUCCAAUCUCUGGUGGUCUCCAAGCUGCCGUUUUUUGACCACAAUUCCAUGACCGCCUUGAAAACCACCAGCGGACCUGGGGGGAGUGAAUCAACUUCCCAGACAUAUAAUGUCCGUCUAUUACUGGCCGAUAGUGAGCCCAACACGACGUCUCAAGGGAUCGCGGAGACGUUACUACGAUUCCCUGACUUAAUUUACCUUGAUCUGUCGUACACCACCCCUGCGAGGGAUCGCAUGGUCCUGUCCGCGCUGUCGCAAUUGGAGCACCUUCAGGUGUUGAAACUCCGGGGCAUCGGCUUGAAAGACAGCGAUGCGGAAUUUCUAGCCAAUGCGAUUGGACGUAGAGUCCGCUUCCUAGAUUUGCGCAAUAACUUGCUUACUGACAUGUCUAUACGGUCCUUGUUGCAAGCGUCGUUCUUACCGCUGGGGGAUUCAACUUCAAUGCAUGGCCCGCAGAGGGGAACGGUUGAGCCUCUCACGAACUCACCACAAUCACAAUCAAGACCGCUGUUUCCCGACCCGAAGUUCUUCAGUAGCCCUGUCCUGGAUGAACAGGUAAUGAAGGCAUUGACGCAACAGUUGACAGGCCGCGCUUGGGUCGAGGACCUGCCGCAGGUAGGCAUAACACACCUCUACAUCGCGGACAACCCAAUCUCAGUAGAAGGGGCCGCAAGUCUUUUAGCCUCAUCGCUGCUUCAUGCCCUUGAUGUUGGGACGGUUGAUACUGUCGAGUCUAUCAGUAGACAACAACAUCCUUUAGCCUCGCCUCAGGGCAAUUCUCAGGAGUUUCCGGGCGCCGAGAAGCUGAUACCUAUUCUGGGUUCUGCUGCGAAAGAAAAUCUUACAUAUCUUCGAGCACAUCAUGCCCUCUGCACGGCUGAUGGACCUUUACGGGGGGAUACAGUGCUAGAUGCGUUGCUGCCCGAGCUUCCAGUCGGGAACGAGAAUGAGGUAUCCCGAGAAGCGGAGUUAGAUGCAACAAAUCAGAUUCAUGAAGUACCUGCAAACGAAGCAGCGAUUUUCGAGCUUCCUGGCUCACCAGUCCCGCAAUCCUGGUCUGUUGGGAAUGGCCGAAAGCUUACUGUCUAUGAAGACGAGCCGCUACCUGAGCGACGACGAGGCUCUGUUUUCGCUCCCGAAGUAGUCGAGACAGUUCAAGUCAGUGAAGACGGCGGGCAGAAAAGUCCCUACGGUGCUACCUCAUCGCAUUUGCCUCGUCAUGUUUCGAUUUCGAGCAUCUCCAGCAUCCCUAAUACUACAUGGGAUACAGCGGGCUCGAUCCCCCAGUGCUCCUCUCCCAUAUCAGUUGACGAUUCUCGAUCCCAGAAGAUCCAAGAGUUGCUUGCCAAGCGGCCAAAGGGAUUCCCUCGGCGUGAUGGCAAGGCGGGAAACUUUUCAUACCUGCAUCCUUCUCAUAUUCCGCACUUGGAAACAUUAGUUCUGACUGAUGUGCCUUCCCAUAUAUCCGCGAAUUCCCCGAUCUUGAAGUCGCUAAUGCGGUUCAUAACCGCCUGCUCGAACGAAGCGUUACUGGCAACACUCCAGGCAGGAUCCGACUAUACACUUCCACCCGGCCAGGAUCGAGCCAGAGCUGAGCAAGAACGUGCCAGGUCUCUAUUUGCUCUGCGCCGCUUAGUGCUGGAGAUCACACCAACGGUCAGAUCCAAAAGAUUGACAGCAUGGAAACCUGCAGGCUACCGAACCGGGGCAGCCAAGUCAAGUACAGGAGAUCGAGACGUAGAAAAUCUAUGGUCGGCCGCCGUAGACGACUUCAGCUUUUUCGAUGAAGACGAGUGCGGAAUCCCCAAUGAUUAUUCGGGAAAGUAUUUCCCUAUGGCAGCUUUGAACGAGAAGGUGACAUUAAUACCGGAUGACGAUGGUCCUGGCCAAGCCGGACCGUCCCAGCCCGAUAUUACCGCUGCUUCGCCAAAUAGGCUGCAGCCGGGCCAAUGCAUCUCGCAGACGCAUGCCGUCCGGUGUACAGGUGCGUCGGGGAUAGGCGAAGACGUGGGGAUUCCGCGGGACGAGAUCCCGGAAAUGGAUCUUGUGGCUGAACUGGCGUCAUUCCGGCGCGCCAAAAAGAUCGAGUACGAAGGAUUGAUGAGAAGGACUAGUGGGCGACGGACGUCCUCUCGCCUCUCCUCUUCUAUAUCAUCAUGCCAGUCGCCGAGCGUGGCCACGUUGGCCGCGUCCUCGGCACCUCCCCUGUCUAUUGCUCACUUUGUAGAGGGUCAUUGGAAGGGAGAGGUGAAGGUUAUCCGCAAUGCAGCGCCGAAGGGAAGAAGCGGCAUGGUGGAUAUGUAUGGGAACUACUUUGAAAAGGGCUAUCUGUACCCUUGA